AUGACUUCACUCGGCUGGCUCGACAUCCAUGGCCACUUCCGGCCUCCCUUCAAAAACCACGACGAACGAAAGGCGGCUGCCAAAGCCUUUCACGAGCUCUGCUUUCUCAUGCCAGAGGAUUGGUCCUGGAACGUGGAUGAAUCGCUAGCAUACAUGGACAAAGCUGGAGUGCAGAUGCAGAUGCUGUCGUACCUCCCGUUUAAUAUCCAAGCACUGAAAGAGAGCAAUGACUUCGCGGCAGCCCAGGUCCGAAAACAUCCUACCAGACUUGGCCUAUUAUGUGCCUUGCCAACAGAGGACCCGGAGGCCUGCUUGUCCGAAAUCAAACGAGGGCGAACGGAGCUACAUGCAGAUGGUUACGCCGUCAGUGCCAUUCGAAAAGAUGUGUACUUGAGUGAUCCGUCUCUUGAUCCAGUCUGGGCAAAGCUCGAUUCCUUAGGUGCCACGGUCUUCAGCCAUCCGAACGCAUAUGCGCCAGCGAAGGACGGUCGACCAACGCCUCUUAUCGAAGUUGCGUUCGAGACUACAAGGGUGAUAGUCGAUAUGCUCUAUCGCGGCAUCUUCAAGAAGUAUCCGAAUAUCAAGUUCGUGUUCUCGCAUUGCGGUGGCGCCACACCAAUUCUUGCUGGCCGACUAGAGCUUCUAGGAGCUGAGGUCUGGGUCCCCAAUCCAGAUGGCAUCUCAAGAGACGACAUCAAGAAGCAGCUGGCGAGCCUCUACGUAGACACAGCAGCGACGGCAGAGUCAGGUAUGCAGCCUGCUGUCAAGAUGGUUGGGCCCGAACACGUCAUCUACGGUGCAGAUUGUGGUGUUCCUUGCUCCACCCACGACACCAUGGAGGAGAACAGGCUGGCGGUCGUGAGGAUCGAGAAAGAGUUAGGAUUGCAAAAGGCCUCGAUCGGUGCGAACGGUUGGCGACUCUUCCCAGCGGCAGCGAAGAGGGUACAGGCAGGUGGCAUGAAUGGCAGUGCCUGA